AUGACAACAUAGGAAACAACAUUUGAUCAAAGUGAAUUUUUGAGUUCUGAUCUAUCAUCACACUAGAAGGUUAACAUACAAAUAGGUUACCUAUACAAUCUUGAAAAUGGUGACAUAGGCACUGCUUUGGGUAAUUGUCAUAAUCUCGAACAUUUGACUCUUAACCUUGAACAUAACAAGAUGGAUGCUACACAAAUAGAAUCAUUAGCAUCUAAUUUAGCGAAAUGCGAAAAACUUUCAUAUUUAGAUCUAAAUCUUGAGUGCACUAAAAUAAAUCCAUAAGGAGCUUCAUAAUUGAUUUCUGAAUUAGCAAAUCUCAAAAACCUUUAAACUUUAAUACUCAAUUUAAGAAAUAAUGAAUUUGAUUCAAGCAGUCUUACUGAAAUAAGUUCCGCAUUAAAAAAAUGCACUAACCUCACUGAAUUAUCACUUGAUUUCUAUAAUAACAAGAUAAGAUAAGAGGGUGCUAUAUAAUUGGGUUCAGCUUUAAAACACUUAACUAAUAUCAUAAGUUUUUCGCUCAAUCUUGAGGAAAAUUAUAUUUAUGGUGAAGGUGCUGAAGCAUUAGGAUAAGCUAUCGAAAACUAUGAAAAUCUUUAAAAUUUGACUCUCAAUCUUGAUAAAAAUCAGAUCUACCCAAAAGCUACAGCUGCUUUAUGUACUUCAAUAGCCAAGUGUAGUAAACUCACAAAUUGGAUAUUUUCUAUCUCAUAUAAUUUUAUUGAUGUAACUGGUGCAAAAGGUAUAGGGUAUACUUUAGAAAAUUGUCCUAAUAUAUAAAAAGCAACUAUCAACAUCACAAAUAAUGGUCUUCAUAUAAAAGGCACAGAAGCUCUAUGUUCUGGAUUAUAAAAAAGCACCAGUCUCACAUAGCUUAGUCUCAACAUUAGCUCUAACGAUAUUGGCUCUGGUGUAGAAAGUUUAGCUUCUGCUUUGAAGAUUCUACCUAAUCUCGACUAUUUGUUUCUCAACCUCAAUUAAAAUGACAUUGGUUCGUAUGGUGCUAAAAUUUUAGCCAACAAUUUGAGUGAAUCCUAAAGUCUUAAAAGUUUAUAUGCAAGUAUCUGGUAUAAUAAUGUUAGUGAGAGAGCAGAAUUUGAUAUGAAGGAAACACUUUCGAAAUUAUCAUCAGUAUCUAUUUCAAAUUUCUAAUGA